AUGGCGUGCAAAGACUAUCAGGCUAAGUGGUUCUUUGACAGAAAGAACGGGAUCUGUACCCAGUUCUGGUAUGGUGGUUGUGAAGGCAAUGUCAAUAGGUUCGAGACUGAGGCCCAGUGCUUGAAACGCUGCAUGAGGUCAGGUGAGUGGUCCUUGUUGCCAGGUUUUCUGAAAGCUUGCAGAGGCUGUUUGCACCUGUCUGGUCAUAUUUGACUAACUAACUAAGUAGACAAUCGUAGACUGUAAUUCGCUUGAUAACAGUUGUCGUAAGCAGUCCUGAUAGCUAAUGUCAUGCUUUUGCAACUAACAUGAUAUAAUCAUGAUACAGGAUGCAAUUUAGAUUACCUGGUUAGCUAGCUGAUAAGCUAACCAUGUUAAGUGUGUAUAUUGUUACCUAUCAUGACUGUAUAUGACAUCUAUUACAUCACAGUGUAAAAACAGCUAUAUGACGGAGCGUACAAUUAAAGUGUUAAGGAUGUUGUAGAUCAGUUGGUAAAAGGUUGUUGCUUGACUUUAGAAACUUUUGUUUUUUCCCUGUUCGACAGCACCAGAGCCUCAGCAACAAGUGGAGCAGCAGCCCGAGACUGAGAUCCUUCCAGCUCCCGGUAAGUUACCCUAUUGGUAAAACUUUCUAUGAAGUCGAUAUGCAUUAUACCGCAUUAUACAGGGCCGUGCACAAACCCCCAUAAAGGGUACCCCCCCCCCCCCCCCCCCCCCCCCCCCCCCCAAAAGAAAAAUAUCCUCAACUGCCAUCACGGACUCAUCGUUGAGCAAUUAUUUCAACAAGAGGGGAAAGCAGCGCAAUCUGAUAAGUAAAGUAUUUUGCGAAACUAUUCUGAACUGGAAUAAAUGAUGCACUUAUUUACACCAACACAAUUCCAGUCAAAAUAGAAGAUUGUAAGAAAUAUUGUAGCCUGCCAUUACUAUAUCCAACCCAACUCCAUUUGUUGCCACUAUCAUGUAUCCCAGUGUUUUUCAAACUUUUUGACCCUCAACCCCCAAAAAGGAGUGGUACAAAACUUGUGAUCCCCACGCACACACAUCCACAUGCGCCACAAUCACUGCGCAAAUGUAACCUGCCAUUACACCCAUAAACGGUGAUCCAUUUUACACCACCAUUUGGAGCUGAAAGUCAUUCAUGUUAGCAGACAACAUCAAGUAAGGAUAUAUCAGACAUAUAGCCAGUAGCCACCCAAACUAGGCCUAUCUGAAAUAUGAAUAUUAUCAAUCAAGUCGCCAGGUAGCCUAUUGCUCUGGCAAAGAUGAGUCAGUUGUAGGUCGCUAAACUGUAUUUUAUAUGGAUGAUAAAUGUAGGCCUACUCUGUUUUUGGAAAACUAAUCUGGCUUUGCACACCUGUGCACAUUUUUGGUUCUGAAGCAUGAAUGAGAAUUUAACAAUGACUUGCGGGCAGUUGGUUAAGAACAACAACAACAACAACAAUUUUUUGGGGGAAAUUAUACCACCACCGAAUGGCCAAAGGUGCAUGUGCCCUGCACAGGUAUAGCCCUAUGUGCAUACAAACAGGAAGUACCAGUGACACGCUCAAUUCGGAAGUGGUGAAGCGUAUGCUAAGCUACAUGACUGUUUUGCUAGCACAGACUGGAAUAUGUUCCGGGAUUCAUCCGAUGGCAUUGCAGAGUUUACCACAUCAAUCACCUGCUUCAUUAAUAAGUGCAUUAAGCGUCAAUACAGGACUAAGAUCGAAUCCUACUACACUGGCUCUGACGCUCAUUGGAUGUGGCAGGGCUUGCAAACUAUUACAGAUUACAAAGGGAAACACAGCCACGAGCUGCCCAGAGACACAAGCCUACCAGACGAGCUAAAUGCCUUCUGUACUUGCUUCAAGGCAAGCAACACUGAACCAUGCGUGAGAACACCAACUGUUCCGGACGACUAUGUGAUCACACUCGCAGUAGCUGAUGUGAGUAAGACCUUUAAACAGGUUAACAUUAACAAGGCUGCAGGACCAGAUGGAUUACCAGGACACAUACUCAGAGCAUGGUCUGACCAGUCGUGAAGAGGGCACGACAAAGCCUCUUUCCCGCAGGAGGCUGAAAAGAUUUGUCAUGGGCCAUCAGAUCCUGAAAACAUUCUACAACUGCACCAUCCAUAGUAUCUUGACAGGUUGUAUCACCGCUUGGUAUGGCAACUGCUUGGCAUCCGACCACAAGGCGCUACAGAGGGUAGUGCGUACGGUUCAGUACAUUACUGGGGUAGAGCUCCCUACCAUCCUCUAUACCAGGCAGUGUCAGAAGAAGGCCCCAAAAAUUGUCAAAGGCUCCAGCCACCCAAGACACCGACUGUUCUUUCUGCUACAGCACGGCAAGUGGUAUCAAUGCGUCAAGUCAGGAACCAACAGGAUCCUGAACAGCGUCUACUCCCAAGCCAUAAGACUUCUAAACAAGACGGCUAAAUAGCUAAUCAAAUGGUUACCCAGACUACCUGCAUUGACCCUUUUUUGCACUAAUUCUCUUGCACUGACUCUAUGCGCACACACUGGACUGUAUCCACACACUCACACAUACUUACACACACACAUACUGACGCCACACACACACACACCAUAUGUCCACACACACAUAACAUGCACACACAUGCAUACUGACACCACACACACACACACACGCUGCUGCUAGUCACUACCUCAAUUACCUCGCACAUCGACUUGGUACUGGUACUCCCUGUAUAUAGCCGUGGUAUUUUUUGUCAUUAUUAUUAUUCGUUAUUCACUGUGUCACUAUUUAUAUAUAUAUAUAUAUAUUUUUUUUAAUGGUAUCUUUAAUACUGCAUUGCUGGAAAAGGAACCGUAAGUAUGUAUUUCACUGUUAGUCUACACCUGUUGUCUACGAAGCAUGUGACAAAUAAAAUGUGAUUUGAUUUGAUUUGAUCUGGGCACAUGCCUGCUUAGAAGUAUUCUAUAACACACCAUAACAAACAUUAUGAUGCAGUAAUAAUGAUGGGCUGCUCUUUGACACUCCUUAAUCUAUCUUAAUAAUGUUUACAUAUCUUGCAUUACCCAUCUCAUAUGUAUAUACUGUAUUCUAUACUAUCUAUUGCAUUGAUUUGACAAAAACAUUAGAAACGCAUUAUAAUGCUGUGACCAGGAAUUAUGAAGCACUGUUGCUGUACAUUAUAAGUGAUUAUGAUUAUACUUACAAUGCAUUAGGAGUAUUGGUAUACGGAAUUAUGAUUAUUUAUGUGCAUCUAUAACGAUGCUUGCAUACUGCAUUAUUACUCUAUCAUAGUGCAUUAUGAGUACCUGAAUAAUGCCAGAGCACAUGCACCUUUGCCCUUCCAGUCACCAAAGUGCUCUUUUCGGUGGUGGUAUAAUUUUUUGUCAUGGUUAUUCAGAACCCACUGCCUGCAAGUAUUCAUAAAAUUCUCAUCUAUGCUUCAGAACACAACAAUUUUGCGUCUUCAUUGUUGACCAAUGACUAGUCAUCAGCAUUGGUGCGCAAAGGAGGGCGUGCAUAUCCAGAUUAUUGACCAGAAAUAACAUUAAUUUCCUCCAGUUUUGUGUGGUAGGUUUUGACACUCUUAUGUAGGUGUCAUAACCAGCCAUAAAAUAACGCAAUAUACAGUACCAGUCAAAGGUUUCGACACACCUACUCAUUCAAGGGUUUUUCUUUAUUUUUACUAUUUUCUACAUUGUAGAGUAAUAGUGAAGACAUCAAAACUAGGAAAUAACACAUAUGGAAUCAUAUAGUAACCAAAAAAGUGUUAAACAAAUCAACAUAUAUUUUAUCUUUGAGAUUCUUCAAAGUAGCCACCCUUUGCCUUGAUGACAGUGAUUGUGGAGGCCAGGUCAUCUGAUGCAGCACUCCAUCACUCUCCUUCUUGGUCAAAUAGCCCUCACACAGCCUGGAGGUGUGUUGGGUCAUUGUCCUGUUGAAAAACAAAAUGAUAGUCCCACUAAGCGCAAACCAGAUGGGAUGGCGUAUCGCUGCAGUUUGCUGUGGUAGCCAUGCUGGUUAAGUGUGCCAUGAAUUCUAAAUAAAUUACCAACAGUGUCACCAGCAAAGCACCCCCACACCAUCACACCUCCUCCUCCAUACUUCACAGUGGGAACCACACGUGAAGAUAAUCCGUUCACCUACUCAGCAUCUCACAAAGACAUGGCGGUUGGAACCAAAAAUCUCAAAUUUGGACUCAUCAGACCAAAGGACAGAUUUCCACCAGUCUAAUGUCCAUUGCUCAUGUUUCUUGGCCCAAGCAAGUCUCUUCUAAUUAUUGGUGUCCUUUAGUAGUGGUUUCUUUGCAGCAAUUCGACCAUGAAGGCCUGAUUCAUGCAGUCUCCUCUGAUCAGUUGAUGUUGAGAUGUGUCUGUUACUUGAACUCUGUGAAGCAUUUAUUUGGGCUGCAAUUUCUGUGGCUGGUAACUCAUGAACUUAUCCUCUGCAGCAGAGGUAACUCUGGGUCUUCCUUUCCUGUGGCGGUCCAAAUGAGAGCCAGUUUCAUCAUAGCGCUUGAUGGUUUUUGCGACUGCACUUGAAGAAACUUUCAAAGUUCUUGACAUUUUCCAUAUUGACUGACCUUCAUGUCUUAAAGUAAUGAUGGACUGUCAUUUCUCUUUACUUAUUUGAACUGUUUUAGCUAUAAUAUGGACUUGGUCUUUUACCAAAUAGGGCUAUCUUCUGUAUACCACCCCUACCUUGUCACAACACAACUGAUAGGCUCAAAAGAAGGAAAGAAAUUCCACAAAUUAACCUUUAACGAGGCACACCUGUUAAUUGAAAUGCAUUCCAGGUGACUACCUCAUGAAGCUGGUUGAGAGAAUGCCAAGAGUGUGCAAAGCUGUCAUCAAGGCAAAGGGUGGCUACUUUGAAGAAUCUCAAAGAUAAAAUAUAUGUUGAUUUGUUUAACACUUUUUUGGUUACUAUAUGAUUCCAUAUGUGUUAUUUCCUAGUUUUGAUGUCUUCACUAUUAUUCUACAAUGUAGAAAAUAGUAAAAAUAAAGAAAAACCCUUGAAUGAGUAGGUGUGUCAAACUUUUGACUGGUACUGUAUGUCACAACAGGUCUAAAUAUAUGUGUCAUGACAGUGUUAUGACCAUAUUAUAACAGGUUAUGACAAGUUAUGUCAGCUGUUAUGAGAUAUUAUGACAUGGUUAUGACUGUGUCAUAACAUGUUAUCAUGCUGGGUGUCAAGUGUUACCUAAUUUUCAUAUUUCAGAUAGGCCUAGUUUGGGGGCCUACUGGCUAUAUGUCUGACGAUAAGCAGCUGUAACAUCGCACUGCCUUCAACAUUAUGGGAUGAAGAUGUAACAUAUUCUGGAGAAUUUAUUACGAUAUGUGCUUUGUAUGCACAUAGGGAUAUACCUGUGCAGGGCACAUGCCCCUUUGGCCUUUCGGUGGUGGUAUAAUUUCCCCCCAAAUUUUUGUUGUUGUUCUUAACCAACUGCCCACAAGUCAUUGUUAAAUUCUCAUUUAUGCUUCAGAACCAAAAUCUUGCACAGGUGUGCAUAGCAAGAUGAGUUUUCCAAAAACAGAGUAGGCCUACAUUUAUCAUCCAUAUAAAAUACAGUUUAGCGACCUACAACUGACUCAUCUUUGCCAGAGCAAUAGGCUACUUGGCGAUUUGAUUGAUAAUAUGCAUAUUUCAGAUAGGCCUAGUUUGGGUGGCUACUGGCUAUAUGUCUAACGAUAAGCAACUGUAACAUCGCACUGCCUUUAGUAUUAUGAGAUGAAGAUGUAACAUAUUUUGCCGAAUUUAUUACGAUAUUUGUGAGGAAGAACAGGGCUACCCGGCUGGCAACCAGCACUCUGCAGGCAGGCUGCCCUCCAAAGUCAUGGUGCGGUGCAAAAUAUGCUUUCCCUCCGAUCCUGCAACCUCCGCUACAAGUAGGCAGUAUGAUUUUGCUUGCUCUGGACUCCAGAGAAGAGACAUGAUAUAACCCUACUUGAUGUUGUCUGCUAACAUGAAUGACUUUCAGCUCCAAAUGGAGGUGUAAAAUGCAUCACCGUUUAUGGGUGUAAUGACAGGCUACAUUUACGCAGUGAUUGUGCACGCAUUUUCGUGUGUGCACAUGUGCGCGGUGGUCGCAAGUUUUGUACCACUCCUUUUUGGGGGUUGAGGGUCAAAAAGUUUGAAAAACACUGGGAUACAUGAUAGUGGCAAUAAAUGGAGUUGGGUUAUAUAUAGUAAUGGUAGGCUACAGUAUUUCUUAAAAUCUUAUUUUGACUGGAAUUGUGUUGGUGUAAAUACAGUGGGGAAAAAAAGUAUUUAGUCAGCCACCAAUUGUGCAAGUUCUCCCACUUAAAAAUAUGAGAGAGGCCUGUAAUAUUCAUCAUAGGUACACGUCAACGAUGACAGACAAAUUGAGAAUUUCUUUUCCAGAAAAUCACAUUGUAGGAUUUUUUAUGAAUUUAUUUGCAAAUGAUGGUGGAAAAUAAGUAUUUGGUCACCUACAAACAAGCAAGAUUUCUGGCUCUCACAGACCUGUAACUUCUUCUUUAAGAGGCUCCUCUGUCCUCCACUUGUUACCUGUAUUAAUGGCACCUGUUUGAACUUGUUAUCAGUAUAAAAGACACCUGUCCACAACCUCAAACAGUCACACUCCAAACGCCACUAUGGCCAAGACCAAAGAGCUGUCAAAGGACACCAGAAACAACAUUGUAGACCUGCACCAGGCUGGGAAGACUGAAUCUGCAAUAGGUAAGCAGCUUGGUUUGAAGAAAUCAACUGUGGGAGCAAUUAUUAGGAAAUGGAAGACAUACAAGACCACUGAUAAUCUCCCUCGAUCUGGGGCUCCACGCAAGAUCUCACCCUGUGGGGUCAAAAUGAUCACAAGAACGGUGAGCAAAAAUCCCAGAACCACAUGGGGGGACCUAGUGAAUGACCUGCAGAGAGCUGGGACCAAAGUAACAAAGCCUACCAUCAGUAACACACUACGCCGCUAGGGACUCAAAUCCAGCAGUGCCAGACGUGUCCCCCUGCUUAAGCCAGUACAUGUCCAGGCCCGUCUGAAGUUUGCUAGAGUGCAUUUGGAUGAUCCAGAAGAGGAUUGGGAGAAUGUCAUAUGGUCAGAUGAAACCAAAAUAUAACUUUUUGGUAAAAACUCAACUCGUCGUGUUUGGAGGACAAAGAAUGUUGAGUUGCAUCCAAAGAACACCAUACCUACUGUGGAGCAUGGGUGUGGAAACAUCAUGCUUUGGGGCUGUUUUUCUGCAAAGGGACCAGGACGACUGAUCCGUGUAAAGGAAAGAAUGAAUGGGGCCAUGUAUCAUGAGAUUUUGAGUGAAAACCUCCUUCCAUCAGCAAGGGCAUUGAAGAUGAAACUUGGCUGGGUCUUUCAGCAUGACAAUGAUCCCAAACACACCGCCCGGGCAACGAAGGAGUGGCUUCGUAAGAAGCAGUUCAAGGUCCUGGAGUGGCCUAGCCAGUCUCCAGAUCUCAACCCCAUAGAAAAUCUUUGGAGGGAGUUGAAAGUCUGUGUUGCCCAGCGACAGCCCCAAAAUAUCACUGCUCUAGAGGAGAUCUGCAUGGAGGAAUGGGCCAAAAUACCAGCAACAGUGUGUGAAAACCUUGUGAAGACUUACAGAAAACGUUUGACCUGUGUCAUUGCCAACAAAGGGUAUAUAACAAAGUAUUGAGAAACUUUUGUUAUUGACCAAAUACUUAUUUUCCACCAUAAUUUGCAAAUAAAUUCAUAAAAAAUCCUACAAUGUGAUUUUCUGGAAAAAAAUUCUCAUUUUGUCUGUCAUAGUUGACGUGUACCUAUGAUGAAAAUUACAGGCCUCUCUCAUCUUUUUAAGUGGGAGAACUUGCACAAUUGGUGGCUGACUAAAUACUUUUUUUCCCCACUGUAAGUGCAGCAUUUAUUCCAAAAUAGUUUACUUAUCAGAUUGAGCUGCUUUCCACUCUUAUUGUAAUAACUGCUCAAUGCUGAGUCUUUGAUUGCAGUUGCAGGGAUUUUUUGUUUGUUUGAGCACAUGCCCCCAAAAGGUCUGUGCACAGCCUGAAACAGAAUCUGGCCUUACAGAAGACGUUGAUAUGGCAAAUCUCCUUUAAGCCCAGGAAGCAGCCAUUCAACUUGCCAUUCACCAGCUUUACAAGCUUAAUAAUGUAAAAAUACAUUUGUUACUCACCAAAUAUGGACUUUCGAUCAGCAACAAUUAUCAUUAACUGCCGUCACGGCUGGUAUGUACUUCCAAAAAAGGUCUAAAUAAAAGUUUACAAGCAACUGAAAGAAUGCCUAUUCAGCACGGCCAAAUCUCGAUUAGGGCCCCCAAAAGGCACUGAUUAACAUAAGUAGUCCAAAACUGAAAAAGUCAAAGCCCUGUGCGACAAAAUCGUACAGUAUAUAUAAAAAAUAUAUGGCAUUUAGCUGAUGGUUUUAACCAAAGCAACUUAUAGUACAGUCAGCACAUACAUCUUUUGUAUAUACUGUAUGGUCCCAGUGGGAAUCAAAUCCACAACCUUAGCGUUGCUAGCGUCAUGCUCUACCAACUGAGCAACAGAGGACGACUGUGUUGUGUCAUCAUGAAUUGCGCAGAAGGUUUCACUUUACUGAAAGCAGACAAUGACCACUUUAUAAUUGUAUUGUAACAGCUUAUGGGGUAUUAUAUCUGUCUGCCCUAGGCAUUUCAUCACUUUACCUAAAGUAAAGCUAUAACACACCAUAACAAAGAUUAUAAUGCAGAAAUAAUGAUGUGCUGCUCAUUGACAAAAACGUUACAAAUGCAUCGUACUGAUGGUCAUUAUAAUGCUGUACGAUCCUUGAGGGAAAAGUGACCAGCAAUUAUGAACCACUAUGUUGCUGUACAUUAUAAGUGAUUAUGGUUAUACUUAUAAUGCAUUAGGAGUACUGGUAUACAGAAUUAUCAGUCUUUGUGUGUCUAUAACUAUGAUUAGUUGAGAGGGUUUCAGGCAGGAAACCCUCUCAACUCAAGCAUGAUUUCAAUUCAGUCCUCUUACCCAGUGCUGUGGAAAAUGCUGAUAUAACAUCUACACUGUAGCAGGUUAUAUACAUUGCGUAACACAAUAUCCUCUGUGUUCACUCUGCAAACAAUGAGCCCCUUUGUGUCUGGCGACAAACCCCCCCGAUGCCUCAGAAUGAAUUAUGGAAUGAGUGAAAAGCCAACCUUGGAAAAGGGGAAAGUUAUAGUUUUGUCAUAAGCGUGGAGCAAAUGAAUGACGAGGGCUGUUCGCUGCAUGGUUCACAGUUUUUUUUGUCUAGUAAACUUUUCGAAAAUGAGCCUGAUUAGGUGGUGCGCUUUCAGGCAGCAGAGAGUUCAUAUUAUGAUCUAUUGUACUGUAAACUAUAUUCAAGAUCUUGAGUUUGACGGGGGAAUGGCUUGUGGUAGGGAAUGCUUUCUCUCAAGUUGUCGAUCAUAUUAACCAUAUUCACCUCUAUUAUGUUGCAAUUCAUUUCCUAUUGGAUCAACUGAUGCAGUUGAUUCCUGUGGGUCACACAUUUAUUGGCCUAUUCUCUCCUCCCUCACAGCAGCCUUUACAGGAGUGGAAAUCUGUCAGCUCCCCAAAGAGGAAGGCGCCUGCGCAAAGUUUGUUCUCAAGUGGCACUACGACCCCCUUAGCAAGAGCUGCACACGCUUCUGGUACGGAGGCUGUGGCGGCAACCAGAAUCGCUUCGAAACUCACGAGGAGUGUGAGAAGGCCUGUGGAAAAGCAGGUGGGUCUCGCUAG